AAUGAUGCUGACUUGUCUCGGGUAAACAGCUGACUGGCACUGAGCUGUGGACUUUGCACCUCGACAGAUCGUGAUAACCGUGACACACCUCAUCUCUCUGUAUAUUACAACCAUCCUGGCACAAGAUGGCAUUAUCAGCCUCCUUCCUCAUCCGCCAGGGACUGAGGUGUGGAAGAAUUAUUCAAGCAAGUAAUGCAGCGAUGGUUGUCCAGUUAAGAAGGCUUCAUGAUAACAAGGCAGUUUUGCCUCGGCUUCCUGUCCCUGCACUUGAAGACACACUUGAGAAAUAUUUAAAAACAGUGAAACCUCUGGUAACAGAUGAAGAAUUUGCAGUUACUGAAGAGAUUGUGAAGAAAUUUAGUGCUCCAGAUGCAAUUGGAGCAACUUUGCAGAAGAAACUGCUAGAGAGAGCAAGAAACACAGAAAACUGGCUCUCUGAUUGGUGGCUAAAUGCAGCAUACCUAGAUUGCCGGGGACCAGUGGUGGUUUGGUCUUCUCCAGGGCUUGUCUUUCCCUUGCAGGAAUUUAAAACAUUGGACGAUCAACUGAAUUUUGCAGCUAAAGUUAUUUCUGGAACUCUUGAUUACAAAACUAUGGUAGACCAGAAAACUGUACCACUGGAUCGCAUGGGAAAGGAUAUUUUAGAUAUGUCUCAGUACUUCAAGAUUCUUGGUACUUGUCGCAUUCCUGGAGUGACAAGAGAUACAAUUCGAUUCUAUGGGCAAGAGCCAAAUCUGCCAAAGCACAUAGUAGUAGCCCAUAACAAUCAUUUCUUCAAGAUUGAUGUGUAUGGGAAAGACGGAAAAGCACUGAAUGUAAAACAGUUGGUUCAUCAGCUGCGUAAUGUAGUAGAGCGUUCUACUCAUCCAACUAUUCCGGUUGGCAUUCUCACCACACAGAACCGCAAUGUAUGGGGUAAAGCAUAUAAACAGCUUAGAAAAGAUAAGACAAACAGAGCUUCUAUUGACGAGAUACAGCGGUGCAUAUUUUUGGUGGCAUUAGAUGGACCUAUUGUCAACCCUACUGGUAACAUAAUGACUGAUGCAGCUCUAAACUGUGUGCAUGGUAAUGGUCCUCAAGGAUAUGCAGGCAAUAGAUGGUAUGAUAAAACCAUUCAGUUCAUUGUUGGGAAGAAGGGUGCAGUUGGAUUGACCUAUGAGCAUACACCAGCUGAAGGACCUCCAGUUGCUAAUCUUAUGGAUCACAUUAUGGAUUAUAUAAUAUCUGGAAGAGAUGUGUCAGAUGAAAAGAAAAAUGGUUCACAGCCCCCUGCAGAGGAGCUUUCUCGGCCCCAUCGCUUGAUGUUUAACGUAGGUGCUGAUAUUAAGCAAGACAUCGAAGAUGCCAAAGUUGCUUUAGAAAGUUUGGUUGGCGACCUUGAGAUGACCUGCUUCAAAUUCUCAGAAUUUGGCAAGAACUUCAUCAAGUCUCAGGAACUAAGUCCAGACAGUUUUUUGCAGAUGGCCAUUCAGCUAGCUUUCUAUAGAAUUCAUCAUGAGCCAGGUGCCCAUUAUGAAUCAGCUUCAACAAGGAAAUUUCUUUAUGGUCGCACAGAGACUAUCCGUUCCUGUUCAGUUGAAUCUGUUAACUUUGCUAAAGCUAUGCUCAACAAGGAGACCCCAAAUGCAGAAAAGGUAGCAGCUCUGCGAGCUGCAAUUGAAGCACACAAGUCAUAUGCCAAACACGCUGUGAAUGCACAUGGGGUUGACCGUCACCUUCUUGGAUUGAAACUUGCUGCUAUUGAAGCUGGAAUGGAUGUACCCACACUCUUUAUGGAUGUGGGGUAUUUACGCAGUUCUCAUAUGCGUCUCUCCACAAGCCAGGUUCCUGCUCGCUGUGAUGCCUUCAUGUGCUUUGGGCCACUAGUGCCAGAUGGUUAUGGUUGUUGCUACAAUCCUAGAGAUGAUGCUGUUUUCUUUGGCACCUCAGCUUUUAACUCUUCACCAGAAACAGACUCAGCCACUUUUCGUGAGGCUCUCGAACAAAGCCUUAGAGAUAUGCAGAAUAUAUUAGUGCAAGAUGGACUCAAAGCCAAACUUUAAAUUAUAUUACAGAAUUUUUGUAUUGUUCCAUGAUGUUCAGAGUUCUAGAGUUAUUUUUCAAGGUGCUGUGUUAUAGUUCUGGGUGACAUUCCAGAAUGACAUAAAAUUUCCUUCAAAAAAUAAAAAAUCACCAGUUUUACUCCUUGAAGUGAAACAUAAGCAUUAGAAAUGUAUUAAAUUAUAUUAUAACCACUAGAGACCCUAUUAUGCUUUUAUUACAGCCUCUCCUCUCUUAACGACGGAGUUCCGUUCCUAAGACCACGUCGGUAAACAAAUUCGUCACUAAGCAAAGGGCAUACUAUAAUGGUAAUGGGCUUGUCAGCCAUCUUUGGUAUUGUUUUAAUGUCACCUUUGCACCAUUUAUAACUUUUUUAAUAUAUUUUUAAAUGUUUAUACUGUAGUGUACUGUAUAUUGUAUAAACAGAAUAGAGGAAAUCAGCUGUAAUAUACAUUAUUUAGCUAUGCAUACUGGUCAGAGAGUCCGUCGUAAGUCCGAGUCAUCAGUAAGCAAGUACGUCACCAAGUGAGGAGAGGCUGUAUUUCAGUCUUUAUUUUUAGUGUCAUACGAUUCUUACCAGUAAUUUUUUGGUGGAAGUAUCACCAUUUUUUAAACUUUUCCUCUUAACAGCCAUAAUUAAUCAGCUGUAAACCACAAAAUUUUGAACAAACAGCAAACUCUGUCACAAGCUCCUCACAAAAGCCUAAGCCAAACUGUCUGGGCAGUAUUGUGUUCGUCUGCACAUGCUUGUUUUAUUAGGAUGAGAUUUUGGACAAACAAAUUUGUGUAUGGAUGAACCAAGCAGAGAUUGUGCGCUUCAUUAUAAAAGUUCGUAUGACAGAAAUUUCAAAGUGCCAGUCUUUAUGAAGGAAGGACGGGCUAUAUUGUAUAAUGUACUUUGUUAUGCAUGUUUUAUUAAGCUUUUGAAAAAAAUAUUAAGCAGAAUAUUCUUAAUUUUAGAAAUGCAAAAUAAAAUAAAUUCUUUC